UGUGCCUUCACGCCUGUUAUUCCACUCCUGUCCUGCUGGUGGCAGCAGUGCGCCGCUGUGCUCUGCUUGCAGCCACGUCCGUCAGACAGGAAUCCACGGUAAACACAGAUUGUCGCAACACCCAGACAACUAGUCAACGGAAACCUGGGCUGAAAGCAAUGAGCUUGUCCCAUCUGGCAUAGUGGGAGACUAUAGCUGAACCCCCUCCCUGUCCUGUUGCUGUUUCCCCCGGAAGACUUCCGCCAACACCACCUCCUUCCUCAUCCUCCAACUCCUCCUCCUCCCUCCGGCCGCCCCUGUGAUGCCUUCCUCGUGCUGUGGCUGCCUGUCACAGUACACCCAUCAUCAUCUGGUUGCCUUCCUCCUCACCUUCUUUAGCUAUGUGUUGCUGCAUGCGUCCAGGAAAACAUUCAGCAAUGUGAAAGUGAGCAUCUCAGCCCAGUGGACACCAUCUCUCCAGAAUGACAGCGCGCCCGCUUUCUCCCCCGGCGAGACAUGGGAGGACAAUCGUCUGUUUUCAGAUGAAAAGCAGGCCACUCUGUUCCUAGGAGCUCUGGACUCCAUCUUCCUCUUUUCAUAUGCGGCUGGUCUGUACUUAAGCGGUGUGAUUGGGGACAGAGUGAACCUGCGCUAUGUGCUGUGCUUCGGCCUGUGUGGCUCUGCUGCAGUGGAGUUUGUGUUUGGCACUCUCACUGAAUGGCUCCAAAUCUACAACAUCUAUCUGUACUGUGGCCUGUGGGUGCUGAACGGCCUGCUGCAGUCAGCCGUGUGGCCCUGCGUGGUGGCCGUCAUGGGAAACUGGUUCGGCAAGACAGGCCGUGGCUUUGUGUUUGGCCUGUGGAGUGCUUGUGCCUCUGUAGGUAACAUCCUGGGGGCCUUCCUGGCAUCUAGUGUCCUCAAGUAUGGGUAUGAGUAUGCCUUCUUGGUGACCUCGGUGGUGCAGUUUGCUGGAGGGGUGGUGGUGUUCUUCGGCCUACUUACCUCACCAAAAGAAGUCGGUAAGGAAGGUUUGAGCUUGGAGUCAGAGACGGGACUCAGCCCCGUGGAGACGGACACAGACAGCCACAGGCCUUUGAUGAGCGAUGAGGAGGAUGAGGCAGAGGUGUAUGACAGACCAUACCAGUCAGUUCCGUCGCCGGACGAACCUCUGGCCGAGUCUCCUCCAGCCGUUGGCUUCUGCCAGGCUUUCUGUCUGCCCGGAGUGCUGCCUUAUUCUCUGGCUUAUGCGUGUCUGAAGCUGGUAAAUUACUCCUUCUUCUUCUGGCUUCCUUUCUACCUGAGCAACAACUACGGCUGGAAGGAGGCCGAGGCCGACCGGCUGUCUGUGUGGUAUGAUGUGGGAGGAAUCAUCGGAGGGACAGUUCAGGGUUUGAUUUCUGACUUCAUGGGAAAGAGAGCCCCGGUGUUGGGCUUAAGUCUGGUGCUGGCGAUGGGAGCCCUGUUUGGAUACAGCCGCUCACCUAACGACCAGGUGAUAAACGCUGUGCUGUUGGCUACCACCGGCUUCUUCAUUGGCGGUCCAUCUAAUAUGAUCAGCUCCGCCAUUUCUGCUGACCUGGGCAGGCAGGACGCUCUGAGGGGUAGCCAGGAGGCUCUGGCUACUGUCACUGGCAUAGUGGAUGGAACUGGAAGUAUAGGAGCUGCUGGGGGACAGUACCUGGUGUCCCUGAUUCAGAGCAAGCUGGGCUGGAUGAGUGUGUUCUACUUCUUCAUCGUCAUGACAGCGGGCAGUAUUGUGUUCAUCAUGCCUUUGCUCCUCAAAGAAGUACAAGCCAUGUGGAGAGACAGACGGGCGCUGCGUCGCCAGCUGUGAAAGUGUCGACACAGAGUGACAUCAGUGACAACGCAGCAAAGCUGCUCAGAAAUACCUUCUUUUAGGUGAGUUGUGGGAGGUGGAAAGAUUUGGUGGAUGGAAGGUGACCUGGAGUCAGUGAGCCACCAGUUAAACUCCCACAAUGACCAGUGUUUGUCCAUUAACACCCAUUUGAGCACGACGCUGAAGUGUUAACCACUCACUAAAAACCUGAAGUGUAAACGUACACUUCUUUUAAUGUGAAUACAAGGAUUUAGAGGUUGACCUGAAGAAUUGGAUUGGAAUAAGGCUUUUAGCUUUUAGACCUAGCUGUCAGGCACAAUUAGUAUGUGAUUCCAGGCCUUGCACGCCCAUCACAGAAUGAACUAGAACUAGAGAUCCUAGGAUAAAUGGAUGUGAAAGUGUAAAUGCUCUUGUAGUAGAAUUAAUGAUGGCCUAUUAAAUCAGGAGUUCUUAAAUUAAAGAGCAGGUCCUCUUGAGACAAUUUCAGUUUUAGUAUAGCCUAAAGAAUGUGAAUAGUAAUUGUAAUGUAGAAAAUUAUUGUCAGCUUUUGUAGAUAUGUAUGAUAUUUUUGUCGUUUUUGGUUGAGAUAAUGAAUAUUGCACUGUAGUAUUCUUACAUUAAUUAGGCAAAGACUUGAAGGUUUUAGUGAACAAUAUAGAUCUCAGCUUGGUUUUGGAAAACUAACCUCGCAGCCACUUGGUUUCUCUUGUGUACAGUUUUAUAUAUCAGGGUUACAAACUAUACAGUAAAGCCUGUUCAUUACCGGGUCUGGUCCUCUCAAUUCUGUUUGUGAGUCAGUCGCUGAUUUAAUGUUUGCUCAUCAUUGUUUUAACACUUCCUGUUCACUGGAAUAUUUACGCCACAAGUUUAGUGUGUUCAGUCACUGGAGGUCACUGAGAAAAUCUUCACACACACACACUGACAAAUUCCCAUUGUCUUAUCCCACGUUUAGUUUACAGUGUAGCAUGCCAAAUACACAUUGAUGAGUAAAUUGAUACUGACAGAUAAAAAACAUUUUGCCUCUUUGUAGCAGAAGCUACAUCUUUGUCUGAACAUUGUCUGUUAUUAUGUUAGGCCACAGAAGGUAAAGCACUAGUCUUUUUACACUAUAAUUACUCCUGAUCAGGGUGGGAUAAAAUACCAGCCAUAUUUACAGCAAGUUAUCUACUUAACUACACACUUUGUUCUGAAGCUGGCCAUCAUUUUGGGGAAGAUAGUUUUGGUUAAAAUAAGUAAAAAGCAACUUGAAUUUUUUAUUUUCCAGCUACUGUGGCCAGCCAGUAGACACAACAGGUUUGCUGUGUUGCAUGUGGAUUCAUAAAUCACCAUGUAAGUGCUUUUGAGAGGUUCCUUUUGCUAAACCUUGAGCAGUGGAGCUUAAAAACAAGACUUACAUGUUGUGUAAAUGUAAUGUAAAUAAAAAUAUAUGGCGAAUGUGUAA